UCGUUGGUUGGUUACUAGCUAGAUAGGCCUACGUGGUGAAAAGGGUCAGCGAGGGCGGACCUAUGCGGUAGAAUCCCACGUGAUCCAACAUUCAGUCUUGGCAUCACGUGCCAUAAAUCCCAUGGCCAGCAGUGGAUUCAUACAGCCGCCAGGGGCUUCUUUCCCGUUCCAGCACACCUCACUUUCCUAAGAUGACAAAAAGCGGAGGGGUGGGGAACAUUUCUUGAUAGCUUAUCUGAAUUCUUUCCUCCAGCAAAUUACGGAUUACCGAGUGUGUACCUGGUAUAGAACGUUAAAGCAGAGACGUGCAUAACAACCAUGGAUCAGAUCACUAAACACCAGCUUGAUGAAGCAGUUCAGAAGCUAAUAUCUUCAAUCAGCUUGGAGAAAGUCUGUGAGCUGGCCUCAUCCUUCCAUCCAGACAGAAAGCCUUGUCGAAUUUUUGCAGAUCUAAAGAGGGGAAGCUACAAUGUCUGCUUUCCUGUUAUCUUCAACACGGAGGGGAGUAUGGAAGGAGAAAAAUGGAUGGUGAGAAUUCCACUGCUGCCUCGACUGGCAUUUCCUGAAGAGAAACUCCGCAGCGAGAUUGCAACAAUGAAAUAUCUUUCAGAGAAGACCACCAUCCCCAUACCUCGUUUACACGGCUACUCAAUUCACGUCGAUAAUAUCCUUGGCCUUCCAUUUAUGCUGCUUGAGUAUAUAGAAGGCGACACCCUGUUUGGCAUCAAAAUCAGCGAGCUGGAGUUGUCAAAGAAAGAACAUCUCUAUUCUCAGUUAGCUGAUGUCUAUAUCCAGCUUCAUCGCCAACAAUUUGACUGGGUAGGCGCACUCACACUAGAUGAGAACGAUAAAGACUGGGUCUUUGCCCACAACCGACCUUUGACUGUUGACAUCAAUGAGCAAGAAGUCAGCGGCCGUGAUAUCUGUCGUUAUCUGCCUCCUGAGAGAACCUUUGGAUCCACAAUUGACUAUGUGUAUAUGCUUACAAAAGUGAUAUCGAAUGACUUCUAUCGCUGCCCGGACUCUGUCCUUGACAAGGAGGAUGCUCGGUUCUAUCUGUACGGCAACUUCUCUUCUCUGGCUGUGUUAAUGGAGUGGGUUGACCCUGAUCUCAAUCACGGCCCUUUCGUCCUGAUGCACGGUGACCUGCGCCCGCCUAAUAUUGUGAUUGACAAGGACUUCAACAUUGUGUCUAUCUUGGACUGGGAAUUUAGUCAUACUAUUCCCAUUCAGAUGUUUGUUCCCCCAUACUGGCUUACCAAUGAAGAUGUCCUUGAAAUCUCCAGAUCAGCAAUAUCAAGUCUUCUAUACAAGAUUGAGGCCUUUAACUUUAGGAGGAAAGUCUUUCACCGAGAAUAUAAGUACUACAAUCCUCAAAAAAAAUCUAUUGACGAUCUUCCUUUGUAUGGGAGAUGGAAAGAUUUGCGGGACAUGACAUCCUUCCUACUUCCGCAUGGGUUAUUGAAACCUCAUUACUUUUCGAACAUUUACUGGAAUGUUUUGGACCAUGUGUACUAUGGUGGAGACAGGAAGAAGCGAGUGGAUACUUUUUACAGUCUUGAGCUUCGAAAACCUGAAUUAACUGCUGUGGAUACAAAGAUGAGAGAGUUCGAAGAGUUUGAAAAACGGCGUGAAGAGUUGGGUAUAGAGCAAGGGCAUGUCUUGCAACCCGUCACUAAAGAGGAAGUUGCUGAAAUUUCCCGGAAAAUUCAAGAAUACCGCCAGAGUCAGGAGCAAACAAAUGCGGACAUAACUGGAGACAAUCCCCAAAGCCAUUUGAUGUGGCGCUAUUUUAGUCGAUGGAUAUGCCGGCUUCAGCUUGCAAUACCUGAAAUCAAAGGACGAAGGCUAGGGUUGCAAUGGGUGGUUGGUAUUGGUGCAAUAAUCACUGCAUAUCUUGCUCACUGGAAAUGGAGGAAGUCACUGACAAGUCUUUGUUCUGAUAAACGCUGAUAUCCCUUGCAUUUCAGAGAUCAUUCUUCAAGUAGUGAAAUUGCCAUUUCAAGAGCGUCUAUUUCAUCUGUUAUUUUUUGUGCCUUCAUUUCUUCCUUCGCUAUCUGUUCAUCAACAGUCAUUCCACUGUCUUGUUUGUGGCGUGUUUCCUUUGACUUCCGGGCGCUGGUGGUGAGUUGUUCCAGGGCCGCUUUUUGACCCUUGAGGUCGCGGAUAAAAUUAAUGGGAAUUCAUUUUCUUUCUGGGGAAACAAACUGGGAUGGAGUCAGAAAUGCUUAACAUGCCACAAGAGGGCAAGAGAGGCUCCUUUUUUUUAUUAUGCGCCAAAUCAGAUGGGAAGUUAAGAAGAGUAUGAAUGCUGGACAUACUGCUAUAUCAAUUUGGCUUUAGGAGUGUUGCUUGUGGAUAGAAUGUCGAGACAGGUGAUGCUUGAAGUAAUGAAGGAUCUUUGAGCAAAGUGAGGAAAGAGAAGGGUUUCUGUUAGUCUAGGUAGAAUUCAAACUGGGGGGUUGUAGGCCUCAAAGGAUACGGGUACGGUUGGCUAGAGAGGCAUGUAUACGCCUCAUCCAACAGAUAAUGACAUGAAUAGGUAUCAUGUACUGCUAUAAUCCCACACUACUGCAAUGCAGCUGCAAAUGACU